GUAGGAUUUCCUUUUCCCAGAGGGAAUCGCAGAAAAACCAAAGAAGCAACAGAGGGAAAAGGUAGCUGCGUGCACCUGGGGUAUCAGCCCUGCCCAGAGGUAUAAAAAAAAAAAAGAAGGCAGAGGGUAAUGAAGGGAGCGAAAGGACACCUAGUCUUCCUGUUUUUCAAAGGAGCGGGCAAGCGCAACUGAAUGAUGUUGGCGUGAUGUCUCAUUUCUUCAGAAUCAGGGGUUAGCAGAGGUCUUCCCCUCAGAAGGGAACAGGGCAAAGAAAUGGAUCUUUGUCUCUUUAAGAUGAGACGAACUGCCACUCUUAGUCAUAUAUCUUUACUGCACCCUAGGGUUAUAAAAACAUACAUCUUCGUUUUGAAAGUCUUUUAUUACAUCCAUAAACAUCAGAUUGCAGCUGACUGUUCCCUGGAUGAGAAUGUCCUAGUAGUCCAAGUGAGUUUUGACAGGGGGAGGGAGUGAAAGUAAGAUUGGUUGGUUUUUUUUAUUGGAACGGUGUUUAUAGGGAACUUGUCAGUCUCUGGCAUGCUACAGCCACUGUCAGAGAGCUGAGCGGCACCGAAGUGAGAGGACACGGGUUUCUCUGCUUAUUCUCACUGUUGGACUCGGGUACCAUCCCAGGUGCGGCAUACGAGAAGGAAGAAUUGUUCCAGAAUUUAUUAGGACAGAUUGCCGAGCAGUUCUCGAGGGUUUUUAAAAUCAAUGAACUGAAAACGGAAGUAGCUAAUCACUUGGCAAUGCUGGAGAAAAAGGUUGAAUUGGAAGGCCUGAAAGUAGUGGAGAUUGAGAAAUGCAAGAGCGACAUUAAAAAGAUGAGGGAGGAAAUGGCAGCAAGAAGCAGCAGGACUAACUGUCCCUGCAAGUACAGCUUUUUGGAUGAAAACAAGAGGCUGACUCCGCGUCGGGAUGUACCAUCCUACCCAAAGUACAUGCUGUCCCAGGAGACCAUCGAAGCACUACGGAAACCAACCUUUGACGUCUGGCUGUGGGAGCCCAACGAGAUGCUGAGUUGUUUGGAACACAUGUACCACGAUCUUGGGUUGGUAAAAGACUUCAACAUCAAUCCUAUCACGUUGAAAAGGUGGUUGCUGUGUAUUCAUGACAAUUACAGAAACAACCCCUUUCAUAAUUUCCGUCACUGCUUCUGCGUGACCCAGAUGAUGUACAGCAUGAUCUCACUCUGCAGCCUCCAGGAGAAAUUCUCCCAAAUUGACAUUUUGAUUCUCAUGACUGCAGCCGUAUGCCACGACUUAGACCAUCCAGGCUACAACAAUACCUAUCAGAUAAAUGCACGAACUGAGCUUGCGGUACGCUACAAUGACAUCUCCCCACUGGAGAACCACCACUGUGCUGUGGCUUUCCAGAUCAUUUCCCAGCCAGAAUACAACAUUUUCUCCAAUGUCAGCCAGGACCAAUUCAAACAGAUAAGACAGGGCAUAAUUACGUUAAUCCUGGCUACAGACAUGGCGAGACAUGCAGAAAUACUGGACUCUUUCAAGGAAAAAAUGGAAAAUUUUGAUUACUCAAAUGAAGAACACAUGACCUGUCUGAAGAUGGUACUGAUAAAAUGCUGUGAUAUCUCCAAUGAAGUCCGCCCGAUGGAAGUAGCGGAGCCCUGGGUAGAUUGCUUACUAGAGGAAUAUUUUAUGCAGAGUGACCGAGAAAAAUCUGAGGGGCUUCCAGUGGCACCGUUCAUGGACCGCGAUAAAGUGACCAAGCCGACAGCACAGAUUGGCUUCCUGAAGUUCGUUCUCAUCCCCAUGUUCGAAACAGUAACAAAGCUAUUCCCAGAAGUGGAGGAGGUGAUGCUCCAGCCCCUUUGGGAAUCCAGGGACCGCUAUGAGGAAUUAAAACAGAUAGAUGAUGCUAUGAAAGAGUUGCAGAAAAAGAAAAGCGAAAGUCUGACCACCAGCAGUACUGAAAAGUGAGACGAAAAAGCCUUUGAGCAAAACAUAAGCCCUAAGGUUAUUCUGGUUUUGAGAAAUGCUGUAUUUGCCAAACAGACAUGGUGGCUAUGUCAAAAUCCAACUGGGACGAUGUAUGCGGAGAGGUGGCAGGCAUGGAUGCCCUGCCUGCCUGCCCGCCCGCCUGCCUGCCCAGGCACCUUGUCUACAGCCUGCUCGCACAGGCGCUGCCGCCAGCCAUCAGGCACCGAGGGCUCCUCUCACUCCGGCAGGCCCAUCGCAGCCCCCCCCGGCAGGACUUAACCCUGUGGACAUUGCAGAAGUUGCAGCAAUGCUCAAGUCUUCAGCAGAUUUGCCUUUUCUGUGACCACACUGACCACAGUCUGUAGAGACAAAGCAAAGUUUAGCUAAGGAGCCUUUUCUGGAAAAUGCAAAUUUUUCUGGCAUCCAAAAACAAAAGAAAAAAUUGUUUUAGUCAAGAUACUGUGUAUAUAUAUAUGUACAGCAGUAUGCUAAUUACAGCAUAGCUUAACAGAUGCUUAUAUUCUGACCAGGGUACUGGCAUUUUAUUUUUUUUUGCCUAGUAGGCCCUAAUGACACAUUUCUCUGUAAUAUUCUCUGAAUUUUAUAGUGUUCAUAGUACAUGCAGAAGCCCAGCAUAGUGGAUGCAAUUUUUUUUUGUUUUGUACAAUAGAAGAAAUCAGAAGAAACCUUCAUGAGUUUGCUGUUCGCUUUGUGGCCUGGUGCAGCUAGUUGUCACGGGAUCCUCAAGCACGAGCAAAGCAGGGAGCACAAAGCUGAAACCACUGUGCAAGCAUAUUUUUAUCCUCAUGGAUGCAAAAAGCAACAACAAGAAAAACGUUCAAAGAUGUACAGUUGUUUUUUUUUACUUUUCAACUGAUCUGCUAAA